AUGUAUGGAAUGCUCCUCGAGAGCGUUCAGUACUACGUGCGGAAAGAGUUUGGCGAACAGCUGUGGGCUACCACACUGGAAGAAGUCGGAUACAAGAAUGCCGCCUUCUCCACGCAUCACAUUUACCCCGACCACCUGAUGGCACGACUAGCUUGCGCAUGCGCCAGACACACACCAGGUUGGUCGUCCGACGACUUCCUCUGCUUCUUCGGCAAGUGCUUUGUACGCUUUUUCAGUUAUUACGGAUAUGACAUCCUCAUUCGUUCAUCCGGGCGGUUCUUCAGGGACUUUCUCAUCGGCAUCGAUAACCUUCAUCAUCAAAUCCGGUUUAGCUACCCUCGGAUGCACAGCCCCUCGAUGUAUGUUGAAACGGAAGACAGGGGCGGCCUCGUGCUACACUAUCGCUCCAAGCGUAGCGGCUAUCACUACUACGUAGUGGGACAGCUGGAACAGAUAGCCAAAACCUUUUAUGGAAUGGAUGUUCAGGUACAAGUGUUAAGAACGACACUAGCAUCCGAUGGACAAGGAUCUCACACUGUGUACAGACUACAGUUCGACAAUAGUGCCUUUGAGGAGUGCCAAGCAAAACGGAGGGAUAUCCAGAGUCGCAUUACAUUGCCUGAUCUGGGCUGGGAUUCCUUCUUUGUGCUCUUUCCUUUCGGUCUGGUGCUCGAUCGCAAGAUGAACAUGGUCAAAGUGGGCGAACGCCUCAAGAUGAUAUGUGGUGAUGGCCCCAUGGUGUGUCAACCCGUCCAUGACUUCUUCAAGCUGCACCGGCCCUGUGUACCUUUCGUCUGGGACAAGGUGAUGACAAUGCAACAAGUGGUGGUUGAAUUAGAGUGCCUUAAGGUGAAGCGACCUAGCCGUGGCGGCAACGAGACCGGGAUGCUGCUCAAGGGCCAAAUGCGAUACCUCGAAGAAUCCGAUGUCUUACUCUUCCUCGGUGUGCCCCUGCUGAGCGGUAUCGACGAGAUGCAGGACGCCGGGCUCUAUCUCGAGGACCUAUGCAUUCAUGAUAUGACCAGAGACAUCGUGUUAGCAGGUUGGCAACAUGGAGCCAACCUAGAAGUGUCGUACCAAGCGCAAGAACAGAAGAGCCGUACCUUGGAGGAAAACCUACGCCGCCUUGAUGAAUGGCGGAAGAAAGGAGACGAUCUUCUUUAUUCAAUGCUGCCGAAAACUGUGGCAGACCGUCUACGCAAGGGUGCGCAUCCAGUCGACACCUGCGAGACUUUCGACUGCGUGACUGUCAUGUUCAGUGAAUUGGUGAACUUCGCUACUCUCUGUCUCUACAUGAGCCCCAUGGAAGUCGUCAAGUGGGUCAACGAUGCGUUCUCCCUCUUCGACCGGGUCACCGACCAGUACAACGUUUUCAAGGUGGAGACUGUAGGUCAAGUGUACAUGCUUGUGAGUGGAGCUCCUGAACGCAGAAAAGACCACGCUGAACAAGCAUCGGCAGCUGCGCUAGAGAUGUUAUCAAGAUUUCGAGAAGUGAACGAAGCUUUCCAAGGACAAGAAACGUUCCUCAAGAUUGGUAUACACUCUGGCCCCGUCGCAGCAGGAGUGGUGGGUCUUAAGAUGCUUCGCUACUGCCUCUUUGGUGACACAGUCAAUACUGCUGCAAGAAUGCAGACACAUGGACAGAGCGGCAAGAUUCACAUCAGUGAAGGCUGUCAGCGACUAAUCAGGGACAAAGGCUUUGUGACAGAGGUACGGGGGAAGAUUGAGGUGAAGGGAAAAGGAAAGAUGACUACAUACUGGUUACUCCAGGGAGACGUUCCAUACGGUGCGGGACGCCGUAGAGUCUCAGUUGGCGAUGUGAGAAAAUCAGCGUCUUUUCGACGGAAACUCAGCAUCAUUACAAGAGCAGAAGUCUAUGCUACGGACCAGUGUUGAUAGUCCUACCUCGAAGCGCAGUUCUGUAAGUCGGAAACGUAAGCAAAGCGAUAGGAAUUACUCCAAAGGUCGUAUCGAUUUCAUUAUGGCUUAAAGGAGCAGUGAAAUCCCUCUCCAUAUUUUAUAUUCUUAUCGGCAGUGUAUUGUACUGUUGGGGACACGCUUAGCUAAAAUCGCUUGUCAGUACUUCGCCGUCCCAUAUUACCUUGAUUGCGCUUGAAAAUGUUGUGCCACUAUUGUAUUUGAAGGUGGACCAUGUGGUGCACAUGUUUAUUAUUCGAAAGAACUAGUCUUGCAACACCUGGAGAUUUGAGAUGAGAUAAACCACGGAGUGCUGAUUUUCGACAAUCGUGUCCCCAACAGUACAAUAAGUAAGUGUGCUCUUGCCGAACAAGGACUAUCGUAACUGAACUGUAACGCGCGAGAAAUGUCUUUCAUCUGCGGCAUCCUCUAGACCUCCAAUCUCCACCGCACCGGAUAUACCAUAAAUUGCAGAGCCUCAACGAAACCAACUUAGGACAACACAACAUUUAGGCCUCUCCAACACUCAAGAGACGGCGGCUGACAAAAAGGACACCGGAUAUAGGAGAGCAACCCCCCACCCGGCUGUAUCGAGGCUGGGAGAAACAAGUGUCACAUGGCGAAUUCCUUAAGAUAGGGAAGCGCCAUGAGAACACGCGCGAGGACCAUGCCGUGAUGACCACGAGAAUUCGCCUUGCCGGCCUCUGUAGCUCAGUCGGUAACGUGUUGGCUUGCCGAGCCCAACAUUGCGUGUUCAAUCU